AUGUUGUUACUAAUCAACGUCAUUCUGACCUUGUGGGUUUCCUAUGCUAAUGGACAAGAAAAAUUGAAUGAACGGGAACACCACAAAUGCAGAAGUUCGGUUAAUUUUGAGAGAGAAGUGAAACCUUGUGAGUUUCCAGAAAUUCAACAUGGAGGUCUAUAUUAUGAGAGUAUGCGUAGACCAUACUUUCCAGUGGCUGCAGGAAAGUCUUAUUCCUAUUACUGUGACCGAAAUUUUGUGACUCCUUCGGAAAGUUACUGGGAUUACAUUCAUUGCACGCAAGAUGGGUGGUCGCCAACAGUCCCAUGCCUCAGACUAUGUAUUUUCAAUUAUUUGGAGAAUGGAUAUAAUAAAAAAUAUGGAAGAACAUAUUUACGCUGGUCUCCUCCUCCCAGAUGCAUUCGUGUCAGAACAUGCUCACAAUCAGAUGUAGAAAUUGAAAAUGGAUUCAUUUCUGAAUCUUCCUCAAUUUAUAUUUUAAAUAAAGAAAUACAAUAUAAUUGUAAACCAGGAUAUGCAACAGCAGAUGGAAAUUCUUCAGGAUCAAUUACAUGUUUGCAAAAUGGAUGGUCAACACAACCAAUUUGCAUUAAUUCUUCAGAAAAGUGUGGGCUUCCUCCACCUAUUAGCAAUGGAGAUACCACGACCUUCCCGCAAAAAGUGUAUCUGCCAUGGUCAAGAGUCGAGUACCAAUGCCAGUCCUACUAUGAACUUCAGGGUUCUAAAUAUGUCACAUGUAGUAAUGGAGAGUGGACAGAACCACCAAGAUGCAUAUGUAAGUUCUUAAUAUUCUGGAUCUGA